AUGGAAACGCUGGAAGGAGCUAAACUCUGCUUUCCUCAACUCAACUCCUCCUGCAGGAAGACCAUGCGUCCUUACUCUGAAUCCAUGGUCACUUACAUCAUCCUGUCCUCCAUAUCUGUGCUCACUGUGACUCUCAACCUGUUGGUCAUCAUCUCCAUCUCACACUUCAAGCAGCUCCACACCCCCACCAACUUCCUCCUCCUCUCCCUGGCUGUCUCAGAUUUCUUUGUGGGCCUCCUCAUGUCCUUUCAAGUUGCCCUCAUAGACGGCUGCUGGUUCCUCGGUGACCUCAUGUGUGUUGUGUAUACUGUUUUGGACUACAUUAUUACCUCGUCCUCAGUAGGAACCAUGGUGCUCAUAUCAGCUGACCGCUAUGUGGCUAUUUGUGACCCUCUACAUUACCCUUCCGAAGUCACUCAAAAAAGAGUAAAAGUCUGUAUUUGUAUGUGUUGGAUGUGUUCUGCUUUCUGUCAUGGUCUGAUGCUGAAAGAUAACCUGCAACAACCAGGCAGGUAUAACUCCUGCUUUGGAGAGUGUGUGAUUGUUAUUGAUUAUGCUGCAGGAAUUACAGAUCUUGUUUUGUCCUUCAUUGUUCCCAUUACUGUCAUUGUAGUUCUGUAUAUAAGAGUUUUUGUGGUGGCUGUGUUUCAGGCUCGUGCCAUGCGGUCACAUAUUGCAGCUGUCACACUCCAGAAAUCAGUGAAAGUAACUGCUAAAAAAUCUGAAAUGAAAGCAGCCAGGACUCUUGGUGUUGUUAUAGUUGUGUUUCUAAUAUGUACCUGCCCAUAUUUUUGUGUCACACUUACAGGCCCGGACACCUUACUCAAUGCUUCAUCUGCUGCCUUUGUAAUAUGUUUGUUCUAUUUUAACUCCUGUCUGAAUCCUCUAAUCUAUGCCUUUUGUUAUCCCUGGUUUAGAAAAUCUAUUAAACUCAUUGUUACACUUCAGAUACUGCAGCCUAACUCUUGUGAGACCAACAUACUGUAAACAGACACUGUGGAGUGACUGAAAGUAGGCCUUUUCUGUGUUAAGGAAAAUGGAUUGUAAUUAGACCUGUACUUGUAUACCGCCUUUCUAGUCUUCCGACCACUCAAAGUGCUUUUACACUAUAUGCCACAUUCACCCUUUCACACACAAAGUCGAUCAAAUCAGAAUCAGAAUCAGAAAUACUUCAAUAAUCCCAGGGGGAAAUUAUUUUGGAAAUGAAGUUUUUGUGGUGGCUGUUUCUCAGGCUCGUGCCAUGAAGUCCCACAUUGUGACUGUCCAUACUCAGGCGUUCAAUGACUGAAAGCUAAGAAAUCUGAGAUAAAAGCAGCCAGGACGCUUGGUGUUCUUAUAGUCAUGUUUCUGCUCUGUUACUUUCUGUAUUGUCUCUCACUGGCCUUGACAUAUUGAUUGGUUCUACAACUGAGGUCUUUAUGAUUUUUCUGAUGUAUUUUAACUCCUUUCUAAACCCAAUCAUCUAUGCCCCUUUCUACCCCUGGCUUAAAAAAGCUAUUAAGCUUAUUGUUACAUUUCACAUAUUAAAGCCUGACUCCUAUGAUGCCAACAUACUGUAAUGAGACAAUGAUAAGUGAAAAUACUGAUGUGUGUUUUUAUACUUAUACAGUGGUUCCCAACCUGGGGCUCAGGACCCCCACAACUGUUGAUUUUAAUGGGUGUAAGAAAAAUGUAAAAUUAUCCAAAGCAUGCCUAUAUAUCUGAAUUUCAUUAAAUUCUGUGAAGAAAGCUAAAUUAAAUUGUUAUAUUUUAAGUUUAGAUUAUUUGAAAUAUAAGCACAAGGUAUAUUCACAGAGCCUUCACUCUCUGAUCUCAUUCUACAUUAGAAAGGUAUGCAGUCAAAACAUCCACAGAAAUAAUAGAGGAAUUGAUGCACGUGGGGAGCGAAGGCUGGCUCGUGUGGUCCGAUCCAACACACGAGCCACUGUAGCUCAAACUGCAGAAACAGUUAAUGCUGGUUCAGGUAGAAAGGUGUCAGUACACACAGUACAUCACAGUCUGUUGUUAUGGGGCUGCAGAACAUUCUGACCACCAGGGUGCCCAAGUGUAUAUGAAUCUAUAAUUUCAUUAAUUAUUUUCUGGCUUUCAUUAAGUCUCUGGAAACAGAAAACAAUUAAUGGUCUGAAGGAUCAAAGCUUUUUCAUCAGGGUCUCUUGCUCUUUUCCUGAGCCAGAGAAUCCAGGAUGCAUCUUUUAUACAGCACAUUAGAUUUUUUUCCAUGAAAAGAUUGUUUGACAAUUCUUUUUACUUCCAAAUGUGAUUAAACAAUACUUAAAUAAAAGAAUGUUUUUUGCA